AUGGACUUCUCCGACAUUUUUCGCAUGGUGAAUUUCGCCGUUGCCGUCUUUGUAGUCCUUGGCGGUAUCGCGAAGCUAUUCCCCUUCAACGACUUCUCCCACAUCAUCCUCGGUGUCUACCUAAUAAUCUUUGGUCUCGGAACCGCCCUCCUUGAGUUCCAGAUCCCCCAACAAGUGGCGCGAUAUGCCUCGUUCAUGUUCUCGUUCCUCGGCCGCGGCAUCUUCUACAUCUUUAUUGGCUCUGUCGUCGUAGGUGACGGCUGGUACCGCAUCAUACCUGGCACCAUUGUUGGCUUCAUUGGUGUAGCCUAUGCUGCUCUGGAGUUUGUUCCCUCGAUUGAGCCCCCGGCGAACAUGCGUGAUGCCGAUGCCGGCUGGGGCGCCGAGCAAGUCUAA